AUGCCUGCGACCGACACAACAAAGCUGCCGCUCGAAGGCGGUCCAGCAUACGGUCUGGGUGAGGUCGACAGACAGGGCGCAGCGAGCCCCAUGCUCCGCGGCCUCGAUGGCUUGUCGCUCUACGAGAAAAAAUGCGUGCUGAUCAAUCGCGAGAUCGACUCGCAGGGCAUGGGUAAAUAUCAGUGGUACAUCUGGGGUCUCUGCGGCUUCGGAUACAUGCUUGAUUUGCUAUGGGCGCAGGCAUUCGGAUUGGUCCUGAAGCCUUUGCAACAAGAGAUGGGUUUCGGGGACGGUCAGUCUGGGAACAUUGCGACGAGCUUCAACGCUGGGUUGACUGCCGGCGCAUUCGUUUGGGGAUUCUUGGCGGAUAUCAUCGGCGGCAUCACGCUUUUCGUAUUCGUCCUCCGAUUCUUCGUCUUCAAGUUUCAAGAAACGCCAAAGUAUCUAAUCUAUCGUGGUCACGACGCCAGAGCGAUCCAGACCUUGGAGUACAUGGCUCACGUCAACGGAAAGCGUUGCAGCCUGACGUUAGAGAUGUUCCAUUCCUUAGAGUCAGAUGAGAACGACGGUUUUGUUGGGAGCACUUCAUCUGCACUGGGCGGUGGUGCGAAGCAGACGGAGAAGAAGUGGCCUGAAAAGGUGAAGCUUGAGCUUGGCCGAUACAAGAUGUUGUUUGACGGAUUUCCCAUGAUCCGGCUGACCGUCUUGGUCUGGCUGACGUACAUCAUGGACUUUUGGGGGUUCACUGUAGCUGGACAUUACUUGCCCAGCAUUCUGGCUUUGAAGAACGGCAGAGAUCACGUCAGUCUAUCGGCCACAUACGCUGCGUACAUUUACACGUACGCCCCAGGAAUCGUUGGGGUCCUGCUUGGUGCUUUGAUGUACCAUGUCCCGGCCAUCGGGAGAAAGUGGACAAUGGUGAUCUCAUCCGCUUUGAUGGGCAUUUCGAUCAUUUUAUUCUCAACUGUCGAUACACGCGCCAAGAACGAAGGUCUCUUUGCAAUGGAAUACUUCUUCCAGUCCAUGUUCAACGCCGUUCUCUACGGUUGGACCCCCGAAGCGUUCCCGGCCCCAGUCCGUGGCACGGCCUGCGGUGUUGCGGGGUUCUGGGGCCGACUGUUUGGUAUUGUAAGUCCGCUCAUUGCACAGCACCUUUACGGGCAGCCCGGCGAAAACGGCGAAAACGGAAACAUCAACGGCGUUUUGUAUCUGGCCGGCGGUGUUAUGCUAGGCUGUGUCAUCAGCACGGCGUUGCUGCCGAAUGAGAUGAUGGAGACUAAGGAUGAGCGUUCUUUUGCUGGAGAGUCCAGUUGGGCUGAAUCGCAGAUCGAGAGCCAGGGGAAAAACCAGACCUACCAAGAUGACCCUAGGUGA